AUGGGGACUAUUUCAGCGGCAGACCACCACUCCCAAAGAAAGGAAAAAGUGGAGUGUUUGAGCAAGGAGAGGGUCAUAGGUGGAGGAACUGCCAGUAUCUGGGUCAAGGGUGUCAUUACAAGAGGGACUGCCCCAAAAGGAACACUGGACAGUCGAGGGAGACCGAGGGCACAAAAUGAUCGGACCCCGAGGAGGGUCUUUCACCUGAAACAGGAGGAGGUCAGGGCUGCAUCAGAUGUGGUGGCAGGUACACUACUAAUGAAUAAUUUUAAUGUGCAUAUGUUGUUUGAUACGGGUGCCACCCACUCAUUCAUUGCUAAGAGAAUUUUCACUAAACUGAGAAAGGGAGUAGAAAUUGUAGAGAAGGGGUUCGUAAUUGGAACUCUAAUGGGAAAUAUGAUUGAAACAAAUAUUGUAUAUCUGGAUGUGGGGGUUAGUCUAUCUGGGUAUGAAACAGAAGUAGACUUGAUUCCUUUAGAGUUGCAUGAUUUUGACAUAAUCCUAGGCAUGAAUUGGUUGAGUAAAUACAAGGCUCUAAUAGAUAGUUAUGCUAAAACUGUUACUUUCCAAACACUUGAGGGCGAGAGGAUGAUUUUUGAAGGAGAGAGAAUUCUCAAACUGAUUGCCUUAAUAUCGGUGGUAACAGCCCAAAAACUUUUAAGAAAGGGAUGUAUGGGAUACCUCGCAUAUAUCUUAAACUCUAAUGAUGAAGGUCCACGACUGAAGGAUAUUCCCGUGGUGAAGGAAUUCCCAGAUGUGUUUCCCGAAGAACUACCGGGACUACCCCCUGAGCGAGAAGUAGAGGUGUCCAUAGACACUUUUCCUGGAGUCCCACCCAUAGCCCAACAACCGUACCGGGUGGCUCCGGCAGAAUUGAACGAGUUAAAGACUCAACUACAGGAAUUGUUAGACAAAGGGUUCAUACACCCCAAUAAUUCUCCUUGGGGAGCACCGGUUCUAUUUGGAGCAAGGGCAUUUUCGAAGAUAGAUCUGAGAUCAAGGUACUAUCAGAUGAAGAUUAAAGAAGCGGAUGUAGCAAAGACCGCAUUUAGAACUCGUUACGGACACUAUGAAUUUUUGGUGCUUCUGUUCGGGAUACUAUCGGAGAUUUAUCGAAGGUUUUUCCCUAAUUGCAACCCCUUUGACCCUCUAACUAGGAAGAAUAAGAAAUGGGUGUGGUCAGAAGAAUGUGAGAAAAGCUUCCAAGAAUUGAAGAGGAGGCUCACCACUGCUCUAGUGUUAACCCUUCCCUCAGGGACCAAGGGUUUUAUGGUAUAUAGUGAUGCCUCGGGGAAGGGAUUGGGGUGUGUUUUGAUGCAACAUGGGAAGGUGAUCGCCUAUGCAUCAAGGCAGUUAAAGACUCAUGAGGUGAACUAUCCGGUGCACGACCUGGAGUUGGUUGCUGUAGUAUUUGCCUUUAGGAUAUGGAGACACUAUUUGUUAACAGUGGGAAAGGAACGACAAUUGGCGGAAUUUAAAGAGAUGGGUGCAGAUUUGGGCAUUAAUUUAGGAGGUGGGCUAGUAGCCCAACUAUUGGUGCGACCAACGUAUCGGGAACAGAUACUACAUGCCCAAUUCCGUGACAAGGAGGGGUCCAAGAUUAGGAAGAAUGUGGAGGCCGGGGUAGAAACGAAAUUCCAAGUAGCUGAUGAGGGAUCAUUGAUGAUGGGACAAUGGUUGUACGUGCCUAAUGACGAAACAGUCAAACGAAUAGUUCUACAAGAAGCACAUGAGUCCAAGUUCUCCAUACAUCCUGGCAGCACUAAGAUUCAAACACCAAAGGCCUGCGGGACCAUUACAACCAUUACAAUUCCAGAAUGGAAGUGGGAGAUGAUCACCAUGGAUUUCGUGUCAGGAUUUCCCAAAGGGAGGAAAGGAAAUGAUGCGAUAUGGGUCAUCGUAGAUCGGUUGACGAAAUCCGCACUAUUCUUGCCUAUAAAGAUGACCAACUCGGUGGACAAGCUUGCCAAGAUCUACAUAAACGAGGUGGUACGGCUCCAUGGGAUUCCGGUGUCCAUUGUAUCGGAUCGAGAUCCUAGGUUCACCUCUCGACUUUGGCCGAGCAUACUACAUGCCUUGGGGACAAGAUUGGACAUGAGCACUGCGUUUCACCCAUAG